GCUCAUUAGCAAAUUUCAGGAGUCAGCCAUAAAGUCGAAUAUUUAAUGUGUUCUGGGAAGGUAAUGUUUUGGAAUUCAUUUUUGAAUCGUAAUUCCAAUUUUAGCUUCACUAAAAUAUGCAUAAGAAUUAUUCUAUUAAUCUUGAUUUAGUUCCUUUAGCUUCACAAUUUUUUUAAGAAAAAAUCUCAUCUGUUAUCUUGGUAAGUUUGCUAUCAGGAAAGAUAGCUUAGAAAAUAAUUGAGGAAAUCCCCAUGCACCCUCUAGAGAUUUAUGAAGAAGUUAGCUAAAGGAUUCCCCUAAAAUUGAAAGAUCACUUGAGAAAACUUUAUGCAUGGCAUUCUCUGUUUCCAGGACAUUCAGUGGUAACAUUCUGUCUAGGCAUUCAGAAUACAUGAGAAAAGGAUCCGUAUAUUGUACAGUAUUCAUGAAUGCUUGAGAGACUAGAGGCCCAAUCAAGAUUUUAUCUCUCAUGAUGAAUCUCUGUGAGCAUAGAAUCCUUUUUAUAUGCAGUAAAGGCAUGAAAAAUUAUCUGACUUGCACGCCAGCAAAGAAAACAUCAUAGUUGUAUGUCCUUCUAUGUUCAUCAGUUGUUUUACAUAUUCUGGAGCUUUUUUACUGAUCCAAGCAAAAGUGAACUAGUUGCUUUCUAAUCCACUAUUUCUAAAUCCACUAUUAUAGUCCAGAUUUAUUUAUAGGAUAAAUUGCAUGUCUGUACAUGAAUUCUAGUCACUUCUUGUCUCAAUACAACCACUGUUGGAUGUCUGAAUAGGAAAUUUGCCUAUGUGAACCAGAGGUGGUUCUUGAUUUACAAAUCUUAAUUUAGAAUAAUGGUAUUUGUAUAAUCAGAUAAAUUAGGAUCAAUAGUUUUAGAUGGUAGAAAUUCUGGAACAUGUGGGAAAGCAUGCCAGCAACAAAAGUUGCAAGUCCUUCAAGUUCCUUCUCUUGCUACACCUUCCUUCUUUUCCUGGGUACAGGGAGUCCAGGAUAAGAAUCUGCUUCCAAAACAUUGCUCAGAUACUAAGGAAAGAUCUUUCCUUGUUCAUGGAGUUUUUCAUCAGUAUGUCUGAAACCAUUAAAUAUAAUGACGACGAUCACAAAACUGUGUUUCUGAAAACAUUAAAUGAGCAACGAUUGGAAGGAGAAUUUUGUGACAUAGCUAUUGUUGUAGAAGAUGUAAAAUUCAGGGCACACAGGUGUGUUCUAGCUGCUUGUAGUACCUAUUUUAAAAAACUUUUCAAAAAACUGGAAGUUGACAGCUCAUCUGUAAUUGAAAUAGAUUUCCUUCGAUCUGAUAUAUUUGAAGAAGUGCUCAAUUAUAUGUACACAGCCAAGAUUUCAGUUAAGAAAGAAGACGUCAAUUUAAUGAUGUCAUCUGGUCAGAUUCUUGGUAUUAGAUUUUUAGAUAAACUUUGUUCUCAAAAACGGGAUGUAUCAAGUCCAGAAGACAAUUCACAGUCAAAGAAUAAGUAUUGUCUUAAAAUUAAUAGACCGAUUGGGGACUCUAAUGAUAACCAAGAUGAUGAGGUUGAAGAAAUUGGCGAUCAUGAUGAUAGCCCAUCGGAUAUGACAAUGGAAGGAACUCCUCCUAGUCAAGAGGAUGGUAAAUCACCAACUGCUACUUUGAGAGUUCAGGAAGCAAUUCUGAAGGAGCUGGGGAGUGAAGAGGUUCGAAAAGUGAACUGCUAUGGUCAAGAAGUAGAGUCUAUAGAGUCUGCUGAAACUAAAGAAUUGGGAUCACAAACUCCUCAGGCUCUAGCAUUUAAUGAUGGCAUAAGUGAAGUAAAGGAUGAACAGACACCAGCAUGGACAACAGCAGCUGGAGACAUGAAAUUUGAGUAUUUGCUUUAUGGUCACAGGGAACAAAUUGCAUGUCCAGCAUGUGGCAAAACAUUUUCUGAUGAAGCACGAUUGAGAAAACAUGAAAAACUCCAUACUGCAGAUAGGCCCUUUGUUUGUGAAAUGUGCACUAAAGGGUUCACUACUCAAGCCCACUUGAAAGAACACCUAAAGAUCCAUACAGGCUACAAGCCAUACAGCUGUGAAGUAUGUGGAAAGUCUUUUAUUCGUGCCCCAGACCUAAAAAAGCACGAGAGGGUUCACAGUAAUGAAAGACCAUUUGCAUGUCACAUGUGUGACAAAGCUUUUAAGCAUAAGUCCCACCUGAAAGAUCAUGAAAGAAGACAUAGAGGGGAGAAACCUUUUGUCUGCAGCUCUUGUACUAAAGCCUUUGCCAAAGCAUCUGAUUUAAAGAGACAUGAGAACAAUAUGCACAGUGAAAGGAAGCAAGUAACCACAGCCAGUGCUCUCCAAAGUGAAACUGAACAAUUACAGGCAGCUGCCAUGGCCGCUGAGGCAGAACAGCAACUUGAAACUAUAGCUUGUAGCUAAAAAGAGGAGUGGCCAUAUGCUGGAAAAUGGUCGGACUGAAAAACUCACUACUGGGCAUUUUAGUGUGAUUUAGAAAGUAGAAACAUAGUUGCAGUUUGCAGCAAAAAAACUCUCAUAUCAAGCAUAGAUAAGACCUUAAGGCAUCCGUCCAGUUGGAUAUAAAUUUUUUAGAAGUCAGACUCUAGCUGUGUUUUAUUCCUCUCUUUAAAGUACUGGGUUUCAAUGCAUGCCUUGCCCCAUUGGAAUAAACUCUGCAUGUGGAAUGGAAGAUGUUACACUCUGAUGCUCAGUGAAAUUAAGUCUUAAGUAUUUGGAUUUAAGCUACUUUUGUUUCAUUGAAUCCAGUUGCUUGGCACCUAAAUAUGUUGUUUUAUGAUUUAUGAAGAUCCUAAAUUAGAGAUUGUCAGCAAUGGUGGGAAAUUAUAGGAUGAGUUGCCAAGUCAGAAAUAAAUACUUGUUAGAGAUUCAUUGCACUGCAAGUGCUAGGUAGCUGAGUCUCAUGGAUUUCAAUAGAAAGUAGUACCAUGUGAGUAAAGCAAGAUUAAAUUAAUUCAAAAUGUGUUGAUUUAUUGGCCUACAGAUUGUGCUGUUAGCAAACAGUUUAAUAAAUUAUGUCUACUGUAGCAAAUAUUUUUUUAAAAAAUAUGGGAAAUUAUGAGUUUUACCGAGUGCAAAAAUUAAUUUGUAGGAGGUGAAUAUUAAUUUCCAGUGUUCUAAUCAAAAGUAAUGAAAAUAUGAUUAGAUUUCAUAUUUUAUUUUGUAAUUGUUUAGCUCCAGUUUAAUCUACUGUCACUGUUGAUAACAAGAUGCAUGAGCAGUAGAUACUAUAGUGGGUUUUCCCCCUAAAUUGGGUGGUAAUGAAGCUGGAUGGAGCUUCUCAUUAACUGACAUUAUGAUUUAAGUUUUCAGAAGCAAAAUAGCCAACGUUUAAGUUGUGUGAAUUUUUUAUCCCUCCCCCUGUCCCACAGAAAUAGAAAUAGAAGAUCUCAGGCCUGAAAUAACACCAUGAAAUUUAGGCCAUUUUGUUAUUAUAAAUUUUAUUUUUAAAAACCACAACAAAUAAUAAAAUUGAUCAUGCCUGUUCCAGUUUCAUUGCACCAUCUGGUAGCCUAUUGAAGUCCUCUUUCUGAAGGAUAUGACUCUUAAACCACUGCCCACCUCUAAUUAGAUAAUGACUAAAAAACAUCCUGAUGUUUGUCUUGUCUUUUCUGAUCACUGUACUUUGCAGUCUUGUUAACACAUAUUUCAUAUUAAGCUUCAUUAUACUUAUUGAACUUGCUCAUUGCAAUCAUACACAGCUUUGUAUAUGAUAUAGUUCCUUUAUUUGAGGGCAUGGAAUGAAGUGUGUAUUCAUUAUGUACCAUGGACAAAAGUUUUCAGGAAUAUUGCUUUAAUAUUCCUGAUCCACUGGAGGUCUUGGCUAAAUUAGAAAGAAUUUCCUCUAAGAUUCAUACUCUGCAACCAUUCAUACUCUCUUGUCAGCUUUUAGGUUUAGCAAAUCUUAUUAAGAUUCCUUUGAUACCUAACUAUCUAAUAGUGGCUUUUUGCUUUCUCUGCCCUGACAAAGAAAAGAUUGCUAGCUGAAUUGUCUGCAAUUUCCUUUAAUAAAAGAUUUUUAUUAUUUUUUUCUGUAUCAUAAGAAACAAAAAGGAAAUUUGGGAGAAAUGUAGAAUUCAAGUGCAAAUCCUUGCUAAUGAGAUUAUCAUAUCCCAGGAUUUGGGAGUAUUUAGCAAGAAUUAAAAUUGUCACUAUUGAGGCAGCAUAAUUAUCAAGGGUUCAUUUUCUAGUGCAGAUAGCACAAUGGAGUUAAGGCAGUAAGU